AUGCAUAAAGGAUUUAUAAAACCGACCCCGCACGCUUUAAAAAGGGCGCGGAAAAGGGGGAAGUUAAAAAAGGAACAAUUAAUUGGAAACAAACGCGCCCGUUUAAUUUGGAAAAUCCAAAAUAAAGGGUUAAAAUAUGCGCAUAAAAAUUUAAACAAAAAUAAAUCUUUUUUUUUAAACAACGGAAAGGUUUUACGUAAAAUAAAGUUAUUUUUAAACCGUUUACGUUUAAAAAGUUUGCAAUAUAACAAAAUAUUGCUUAUUACAUUAGCAAUUACAAAUUUAUUUUUAAAAGCGAAAAAAACGUUACGCUUUAAACCGGGUCGAAAAACCCCAAUUUGCAAAUGUAGCAAGCAAUUAAAAAGCUUGCGGAAAAUACCGUUAUUAAACAAAAAAAUUACAAAUUGUUUAAAGCGUUCCAAAUUCGUUGGGAUUUAA